AUGACCAAGCCUACCCCAUCGAUGCUCGAAGCAAUUUGUCAGACGACCUUGUUGGACGACGUUUUUGAGGAGGAUCCUGUGACAAAUGACCUCCAAGCCUAUGUCGCCGAACGGACCAACCAUCAGAGCGCCUUACUUGUCAUGUCGGGGACCAUGGGCAACCAAGUUGCGAUUCGGACACAUCUCGUGCAGCCUCCCUACUCCGUUCUCUGUGAUCAUCGCUCUCACAUCGUGCGCUACGAGGCCGGAGGUGUCAGCUCUCUGACCGGGGCCAUGGUACAACCCAUUGUGCCUAGUAACGGUAUACAUCUUACUCUGGAGGACAUUCAAAAGCAUGCGGUGCUCGCCGAAGACGUACAUUACUGUCCGACAAAGCUUAUCAGCUUGGAGAAUACCUUAGAUGGCAUGGUGAUGCCUCUGGCCGAAGCUCGUCGGAUCGCAGAAUGGGCUCAUCAGAACGGAGUCAAGGUACAUUUGGACGGCGCGAGGCUCUGGGAAGCAGUCGUUUCUGGAGCCGGCAGCUUGCCAGAAUAUGCUGGCCUGUUUGACAGUGUGAGUCUGUGCUUCUCCAAAGGCUUGGGCGCACCAAUCGGGAGUAUCAUCGUCGGAUCCAAUGAAUUCAUUAAGAAGGCUCGUUGGUUUAGGAAAUCCAUCGGUGGCGGCGUUCGUCAAGCUGGAGUUAUUGCUGCCGCUGCAAGGGUGGCCCUCGAGGAGACUUUCGGACCAGAUCCGAACGGUCAGAAGGGUAAGCUUCGAGAAACUCACAUCAAUGCCAAGAGAAUCGCCGAGAUGUGGACUGCCCGUGGCGGCAAAUUACAACAUCCAGUACAUACAAACAUGGUAUGGCUGGAUCUUGAAUCCUCUGGUGUAGGUCCCAAUGACCUAGCAGAGAUCGGAAAGGAGAUGGGUCUCAAAUUACUCGGAGGCCGAAUCGUUGUGCAUUACCGUGAGUCCCAUGCAGUACCCAAGCAGCAUGUGAUGGAGGCGACUCAGGAGUCGACGCAGCCAUGCACAGAUCCCCGCCGUAUUGGUCGGAACAACUCUGGUCUGCUCGAGGAGGAUGUGUCAGACAUCAUCUGCAUCUUGCAUCCAACAUCUCUUGCCGCUCAUGAGGCAGUGGCCGCAACUGCUUCCCUUGCUCCUCAACACAUCUUACAAAGAGAUGAGUUGGAAUACGAAGAUCCCGACACCGCAGCUCUGGAUAUCGCCCUCAGACUGUCCUCCAACGUCCGUAAUGUAAGCUUAGGCUUCUGUUUUGGGCGCAACCGAAGCCGUUGCGACCUUCUGCUUGCCCCGGACGACAAUGCGAAACGCAUAUCCAACACGCACUUCCGAAUUCACCUCACCGGCGAUGGGAUUCUGAUGCUUGAAGAUCUCUCGACCAACGGCACCGUUGUAGACGAUUGUCGUCUUCGCAAGAAUCAGAAAGAGAACAGCCGCAUGCUGACCAAUGGCUCUGUCAUACAAGUGUUGCGCGGCAACAACGCCUCUGAUGAGGUAAGGUUCGUCGUCCGCAUCCCGUCUCGGGAUGGAUAUGCAAUGCGGUACACAGAGAAUAUGCUUCGUUACCUCGAACGAGCUCAGAGGCAACCAGCAGGUGCCAUGCAGAAGAACCGUCAAGGUUCAGUGCGACCUGCUCUGGAAUGGACAGUAGCCAAUGCGUAUGGAAUGCACUGGACAGGUGGUAGUAUGUACAAUGUGACUGGUCAAAUCGGAAAAGGAGCGUUCGCAACCGUCUACAAGCUCGCCACGAAACAACACGGAGCCGUGUACGCUGCCAAGGAGCUCGACAAGAGGAGGUUCAUGAAGAACGGGAUACUUGAUCAGAAAGUGGACAAUGAAAUGAAAAUCAUGAAGGAUCUCAAACAUCCCAACAUCGUACAAUACAUUGAUCACCAUGAACACGACAGAUGGAUCUAUAUUAUCAUGGAGUAUGUACCUGGCGGGGAGCUUUCUACUUAUCUUUCAACCCAUGGCAAGAUUCCUGAAGACAUGGUCAAAACAUUGGCCAGGCAGCUCCUGCAUGCAUUGCAAUAUCUCCACAAACGCAGGAUCACGCAUCGUGAUAUAAAGCCUGAUAAUAUUCUGAUCGCUUCACUUGAGCCGCUAAAAGUGAAAUUGUCGGACUUUGGAUUGUCGAAGGUCGUUCAAGAGGAAACGUUCUUGAAGACCUUUUGUGGCACUUUGUUGUACUGUGCACCCGAAGUAUACCCAGAAUAUGAGAAUUAUCGACGAGGUGAAGUCAGAAAAAGACGUCGAUUGGGUGACCCUCCUCCGAAAACGUCCCCAUACGAUCAGUCCGUCGAUAUGUGGUCAUUCGGUGCGGUACUAUUCCACAUCCUUAGCGGUACGCCUCCGUACACAGGUCGAGGCGACGACAGAGGGUCUCAGAUGUUGCGGAAUAUUAUGACUAGCGAGCCUGAUUAUGAUGUGUUGCGCAGAGAAGGUGUCUCUGAGGCCGGUGUUGAUUUUGUUAGGCGCCUUCUGGACCGUGAUCCUCAUUCACGACCGAAGGAAAGUGAAUGCUUUCAACAUCCGUGGAUACGUGAUGUGCCAGACGUCGACGAGUACGACGAUAACGAUAUCCAACCCACCGACUUCGGGGCCCUGUCUGAUAUUGGUGAAGAUCUGGAGAACGAGCUUGACGCGUCACAGAUUUCGCUCAAUGACAACCCAGAACCGGAUAUUGCCGGUGACGAAAGCAACGAAUUGGCACAAUCCAAGAGGCCCAGGAUUGACUAUCCCCCUGCCCAAAUUCACUAUCCAUCACUCCCAAAUAUUGAAAGCUUCCCAGCCGCUCUCCCAAUUCCUGACACCACCCCGAGACGCUUAUUUGGUGAAAUCACCUCUUCCGCACUGCGCAGUUCCAACGUCUUGGGAGCCAGUAUGAAUGCCUUCGGCGGUGAUGACCUCAGCGUCCAUGACUUCGUUUCUUCAACCGGUGAGUCGAUCAUAAGCGACGGCAACAGCCUAAACUCUGUCCUCUCCCUUCCGGACAACCCCUUUGCUGGAUCCGCGCCAAGCUUGAUGGGAGCUGAGAACCUCGUUGGGCAGCUGAACAUGAACUCGUGGCACCCUGGCACUUCGGCACACGGUCCCCUGGCGGCCGCCGAGCUGCCGGCUCUGAAGACUAGCGUGAAUGAAGCAGUCGAUGAUAGUCCUGGCCCCGAACUCAACAAGGAAACACAUCCGAGUACUGCGACCCCGAAGGGAGCCAAAUUCAGCCGCCGAAUUGAGUUACCACUUCCCGAUACGGCCAGCGAACAUUCCAGCCGCGAGGUCACCAGAGAAAAUAGCAAAGCCCCCUGUGAUAAACCCGAAGCGAGUGCCGGUGAGGUUUUUGACAUUGAAUUGGCGGUCACGAUCGACGCUCGAACCGGCCGACAAAUCUCACCAGACGGCAUAGUGAGCGACAACACAUCAGCAGCCCUGCAACAUGCUGUGCCUACUCAAAUUCCUCCGACUAUUUCCCUCCACCGGCGUGAACAGUCUCGUCCACUUUUAGGAAAGCUCACUACUCUCCCGGGAUCAAUAUUUGACCUGACGAUUCGCUUGGAAGAUCGAAUGACAUCCUGGGGGCGGGGACCUCAAGCAACCAUCUGCCAUCCUGACCCUAUGGACACGCGAAUCCCUGCAUACGCACUGGAAGUGACUUUCUGGGCACCGGCUAUUGAGGCGCAGAUCGCGGCAGGGCGCAACUGGAUGGAGGUUACUGGAGUAAUGGCUAUUCUUUCAACCAAGACUCGCAAGUGCAUCUGGGUCAAUGAUACAGAAUUGCGCCGGGGGUCAGAGGGAAGCAACACUCGGGAGGGAUUUCAUUUUGGGAAACUGUACACUGGCGAUAUCAUCACAGUCUACCGACAUCGGAACAAGUUCUUGAAGUUUCAGUGCGAAUUCUACCAUGGAGACAGCGCACGCUCGCGACCAGAGGAGGAAAAGGGCUUCGUGGUGCGGAAGGUGUUGAUGUCCAAGACGGGCGUGGCUGCUAAUCGACUGCCAGUGCGCAAAGAUAACGAUGGGGCAAAAAGCACGGUCUAA